UAAUUUCAUAAAGAAUACUUUAUUCCUUUAUUUUUGCUCCACUCUCUUUCUAUUUUUUAAUCUAUGAAAUUUUCUAAUAUACAUUCGUAAGAUAUUGUAAACAAAGAGGAAUAAAUUAUUUACUCAGUUAAAUUAAACGCGAAUAAGAAAAGUCGCGAAUAGCGAUAGCUAUUUACAUUUCUUGUCACGGAUCAUCCAAAAAUCUUAUACAUCUCCCGGAUGUUUUCGUGCUUUACAUUGCGUAACUAUAGCCGCUAUAGAGAGAGUUUGUCCAACAAUCAGAAACAUUUCGACCUCUUUCACGGUCAGGAUAUAUAAACGCGUAGUCGGAACGUAAUAUCGAUUGUCAAUAAUCAAGAGUUGAACAAUAAUGUAAAGCGACGUUUCUUCAGCGUAUUAGUACUAUCCGGUAUGUUCGCCGACGAGGGUGACCUGGCAAAAGUAUUUCAUGAAUUCUAUUCUUGGGUUUUUGUCUCGGGCGCCGAGCAAAGCCAUGGAGCGUUACGAACGUUUGGCACGACUCGGCGAGGGUAGCUACGGCGUUGUCUUCCAGUGUAGAGAUCGACAAACUGGAAAAUUGGUGGCUGUAAAGAAGUUUCAGCAGACCGAAGAUGAUCCUCUAAUACGUAAAAUCGCGUUGCGGGAGAUACGUCUGCUGAAGAAUCUCAAGCAUCCGAACUUGGUCAAUCUUUUGGAAGUCUUUAGACGGAAGAGAAAGUUACAUUUAGUAUUCGAAUAUUGCGAGAACACUCUUCUGAAUGAGAUGGAGAAGUAUCCUAGCGGUUGUCCAGAUCUCACGACCAGGCAGAUCACUUGGCAGAUUUUGCAGGGCAUCGCUUAUUGCCAUCGCCUCGAAUGCGUUCAUAGAGAUGUGAAGCCGGAAAACAUCCUCAUUACCGCCGAAGGCGUGGUAAAAUUAUGCGACUUUGGAUUCGCACGUAUGCUCAGUCCUGGUGAAAAUUAUACGGAAUAUGUCGCGACCAGAUGGUACAGAGCACCCGAAUUACUGGUCGGAGACACACAAUAUGGCACUCCGGUCGAUGUAUGGGCAAUCGGUUGUGUGUUUGCGGAAUUAAUACGGGGUGAAGCAUUGUGGCCAGGAAAAUCCGAUGUAGAUCAGCUGUAUUUAAUAAGAAGAACGCUGGGCGAUCUUUUACCAAGACAUAUGGCUAUCUUUCAACAGAACGAAUUCUUUACCGGCAUUACUCUUCCAACACCGCAAACCCUAACGCCUCUCGAAGACGCUUUACCUCGUGGAAAUAAUAGUCCUGUACAGUUGGAUUUCCUGAAAAAAUGUUUGGAUAAAGAUCCGAAUGAAAGAUGGACAUGCGAACAGUUAUUGCGACAUUCUUACUUCGACAAUUUUCAUUUCAAAAUGCCGGACGUCGAGACGGAAGAGUUCGAAAAACUUAAAAAGUAUCGAGAACGUUCUCGGAAUACUAAUUACAGUCAAAUGGUGUUACCCCAGUUACCCAAGGCUGGUCCUUCUAUUCAUAGCCACAGUGAAAAUCGGCCGAAGAGCUCCUCUAUACAUCAACAAAAUUUUGACCAUCUACCUACUAUAAGAGGUUAAUUCUGUGAUUGUACAUAUAUUUUCCUAAGUUUUUUAAGGAUGUUUACGUUAAUUUAUAGAAUUCUAUGAAAAUGAUUGUUAUUAUCUUUUUAUUUGUAUUCCCACAUUUUUCUUUAUGAAGUUUAAAGACUUCUUUUAGAUUUUGAUUUGUUUAUAAAUAGAAGUAAUUUGUGCAAUUCAUAUGUAUAUCUCUUACAAUAAAAGUUUUGUAUAAAA